UCCUUUAGACUCUCAAUCAUCAUUUCCGGUUAUGAAAAAAUGGCAUUGGCAAAAAGACCACAUGGUCCAAAUCUUUUGAUAACAGGUACUCCUGGAACAGGAAAAUCCACUUUAGCAGCAGAACUUGCCCAGAAGACGAACCUGAAGUAUGUUAACAUUGGGGAGAUUGCCAAGGAUGGCCAGUUGUAUGAGGGAUGGGAUGAACAGUAUCAGUGUCCCGUUCUGGAUGAAGACAGGGUUAUAGAUGAAUUAGAAGAAGUCAUGUCUGCUGGUGGAAACAUUGUCGACUAUCAUGGGUGUGAAUUUUUCCCUGAGAGAUGGUUUGAUAUUGUCUUUGUUCUUAGAACAGAUAACACAGUACUGUAUGAAAGGCUUGAGAACAGAGGCUACUCGGGAAAAAAACUGGAAGACAACAUCCAGUGUGAAAUAUUCCAAACAAUCCUGGACGAAGCUAGAGACUCGUAUAAAGUUGAAAUCGUGCAUGAACUUCCCAGUAAUACUCCUGACGACCUGGAAGAAAAUUUAGAGAAAAUCUCGGCCUGGAUUCAGCAGUACAAUAUUAACCAGGGAGCUGUUGUAUAGCCUUGUAGUGAGGGGUCUUCAAUGAUAUGUGUACUAUGCAUUUGUCAAAACAUUGUGUUUGUUAUUUUUUAAUUUUUUCCCACUUUAUUUCAUUCUUGAAUUGUUCUAAAUGUUUAAGCUCUAUGUGUAUUCAUAAACAUGAUCCAAAUUGAGACAAAUAUUUAUGCAAUAUGAAAAUAAAAAAAAAAGUUGCUAGGUUAUUAUAUAAAUGGUGC